CAUUUAAGGCAACAGAUGACGAAAAGUUCGUCGGGUCGGUUGUCUGUUUUUUUGGACUGGAAGCCUGGAGAACGGUCGAACUCGGAGAACAAGGUCACACCAGGUAGACAGACCUAGCACAGCGUAUGGCCGCUACGGGUUGGUGCGCGCUCCACAAAAUGCUAACAAUCCAACAGAUCGUUGCUUUCCUGUCCGAGAAGGCAGUCGAUGAACCUUAGGUCUCAGGAACCUAGUCGCACGUGUCUUAUUCACUAUAAGCUCAAUAUUUCAAUUUAAAUUAAGAGCACCUCCUUUAAGAGCCCAAAAUUAAAAGAGGUACCCCAAAUUCAAACUCUUCAAAAAGUCGGUUCAAACUUCGGGCAGUGAUCGUGACGAUCGUGAACACUGAAGGUACAUCCUGUCGACACGCUUCCGCACCUGGAGGAUUCCCUCGUGUGUGUCACGCACACAGAUUUAAUUCUUGCUUCGAGUUUGAAAGAGUUCAAACGUGAAACUCGCAAUCUUCUUCAAAACUUCGAGUAAACUUUUUUAUUUUGCGGUCUGUUUGUGGAUAAAUAGUCGGUGACGUGUGAUGUAACUAGGAAUGGUAAUAUAUCGAAGCAAGCGUCGCUCGACGCUUUUACGAUCUGAUAAAACUGGCUAAAAAUACCGAGUUUUAUCAAAAACAGCUUCGAUAAGCCCUUCAGUUUUCGUGAAACUGCGCUAGGUGCAAGACGUAUUCGGGCAGCUAUGAAACCGGAGGCUGAUCACAGACUUGAGCAGCUCAAAAAAGCGACAGACAGAAUACAAAAAGAAAUCGAAGAAGUUACAGAAAGGGAACACGAACUUCGAAACGUAGGAAGCAUCAAGACCACGUCACAUGAAACCGUCGAUUCGAAGGUUCGACGAAUGCCACAAGCCCUUGCAUCAGGAAAACUGAAAAGAACAACAUCAACUCCCCAAAUUUUGGAAGCAGUAACAUCUCCCACAACCCCGGUGGCACCGACUUUAACACCUAAAAUGACCAACGGUGUGAUUUCUACUCGCACAACACCCACACCUCUUCGUUUCGCAACAAGCCCUAGCCAAAAAGGAUUGAUGCACAGGUUUUUAGCUACUCGAGGGAAAAUUUAUAAAUCACAGCCAGCUUCCAAUAAUGAAUUUAAUAAGCAGUCUCCUGUUCCGACUAUUACUCUAAAUCCCCUGAGUAUAAAGGCUUUCAAUAGAAGUUUGGAAAUUCAGAUCGAACCUGAUGAACCUAAAGUGAAACCAACAAGAAAAGGAUAUGUUCCAGUGGAACAGAAAAUUCAGAAGGAACUCAAUGAGAUGAAAGAACGAGAAAAUGAAUUGAUGAGAUCAAAAAUGCUGGCAAAGUCUCAACCAAAUUUACUGGAUAUAGGCAAUGACACUGACUCAGAUAUUUAUGAUGGCGCGAGUUCGUUAAGAAGCGGCACAUCGACUAAUACUUUAAACGAAGAUGAGGUAGAAAAGGAAAAUAAAAUAAGGCAUAAGCCAAAUCCAAGACGUCGUAGUACAUUGAUAGCACAGUGGGAGAACCUAAUCGCCUCUAAAAAAGAGACGACUGAUAACUGCAACGAAAACAACAACACCGUAUAAAAUUGAAAGAUAUAAAUUUCAUUCUACUCCUAGAAUUGUAAACCUACAUUUGCAUACAAUAAUUUAUAGUACCUAACUAAUUAAGUUCUAAGCCUUAGUGCGGAAAUAAGACGCUAAGCGUCAAUUCAUGAGGUAUGAAAAUUGAGAUAUGUUUUGAGCCAUAUCUAUAAAAAAAGAAAGAAGCUUUAGAUGUCUUCUAAUCGCUUUAAGCCGAUUAAAGAAGCAUUAACAAAUGAAAAGACUUGUUGGAACCUGAUAGAUCGUAAGCUCGUUGGUUUAAUCGACUAAAAUGAUUUUUGCUUCAUAGCAAUUCAGUAUUAAAUUAUCAUGAUUAAAUUAUACGAUUAUCAUGUUAAGGAUGACAUUGCAAUCAAAUUGAUAAUUUAAGAUGCGCGUGUAAUUCGUUAUCCGAGCCUCUGUUAAUGGAAAAGACAUCGCAUCUAGGGGGUUAUUUAUUUAUAAUAAGAACUAAAUUCCCUAAAUUUGAGAGUAAGAUUCAUCAAUCAUAAAUAUUUUCGAAAGUUUCUUCUAAUAUUUACUGCAAAAUAAAAUAUUUUUUUAAAUUUGAAUGAUGCAUAUACAUUGCACUUGAAAAAUCUUUAAAGUGGAAUUAGUCGUCCUAUGAUAUUUAUUGACAGUAUUUAACAAAAUAAAAAAUCGUGUCUUAAAUUUAAUAUAAAGUUAAAAUUAUCUACCAGAGUCAAAUUUAAUAAUGUUUAUUUAGUCAAUAUUAUUUAUUGAAAUGCGUAAAAUGUGGUUCAUAAUUUAAUAUAUUUAUAGUAUUGCGUUAUUUGAAAAAAUCGGGACCAGAGUUAAAUUUUGAGAGGAGUUUAGGAUAAUUAUUAUCCAGAUUAUUUGUAAUUUUUCGACUUUUCUCUGAGUAUGUGAAGUAGGAUCCCGGUGGAGGCCUUUUUUAGGUAGAAUUAUGAUUAGGAAGUUACAAUAGCAUUUAUACGAUGGCAAGCAAAAAAUCUCUUAAUUUAAUUAUUUUGUGUAUUAUAUAUUAGGCAGAGAUGGUAAUGAUACUGAUUGGGUAACACAUUUGUAAACAUCUUCAACUAUGCCAAUUAUUUUUAUAAAAAUAUACGAUUACUUCUUAA